ACUUUAAAAGGGUUAAAACAGAAACAGAUAGAGAGUGUGUGUAAUCAGUGUGAAGAGUCAACCAACCCUUUUUGGAUUCAUGUAUGUAUGUAAGGCGUUCAUGAUUCCACAUGGAACGAGACAACACACACUCAACUGAAGAUUAGGGUUGCCAUGCCAUCCUGUCAUUUUUAGGUAUAUAAGGCUGAUUCUGAGAGACCCUUUUCAUGUUUUGUGGUGCUCUAUGGGCUUGCAAAUUUCGGGGUGGGUGAAUCAAAACACAGAUUAAAAUUUUCACUGAUGAGGCUGAGCUAUUAAUAGUCACAGCUUGCUUCCAAAAGGUGUUUUAAGUAGAAGUUUAUUUGUAGCACUUGAUUGGCAAAAGAAAAAAGAAGGAAAAGUGGCUACUUUAAUGAGUUUUGGGGGGUUUCUUGAGAAGAAACAAGGUGGUGGAGGUGCAAGGAUCGUAGCAGAUAUUGCAUAUAACAACGGUUCCAACCACAACAACAGCAUCAGCAACGAUAGAAUGCCCUCUAGUGCAAUCUCACAGCCUCGUUUAGCCACUCCAACUUUGGCCAAAUCCAUGUUCAACUCUCCUGGCCUCUCUCUAGCGCUUCAAAGUGAUAUAGAUGGACAAGAGGAUGUAAACAGAUUAAUGGCUGAGAGUUUUGAGGGAAAUGGUUUGAGAAGGAACAGAGAAGAAGAACAUGAAAGCAGAUCUGGUAGUGAUAACAUGGAUGGAGGUUCUGGUGAUGAUUUUGAUGCUGCCGACAACCCACCAAGAAAAAAGCGCUAUCACCGACACACUCCUCAACAAAUACAAGAACUUGAAGCGCUAUUCAAGGAGUGUCCUCACCCAGAUGAGAAGCAAAGGCUUGAACUCAGCAAAAGGCUUAAUUUGGAAACGAGGCAGGUGAAGUUUUGGUUCCAAAAUCGAAGAACACAAAUGAAGACACAAUUGGAACGGCAUGAGAACUCGCUGCUUAGGCAAGAGAAUGAUAAGCUUAGAGCAGAGAACAUGUCCAUGAGGGAAGCUAUGAGGAAUCCUAUUUGCUCAAACUGUGGGGGUCCAGCCAUGAUUGGUGAGAUUUCACUUGAAGAACAGCACUUAAGGAUUGAGAAUGCUCGAUUGAAAGAUGAACUAGACCGUGUUUGUGCACUUGCUGGCAAGUUUUUGGGUCGUCCAGUUUCAUCUUUGGCAAGCUCAAUUGGCCCUCCAUUGCCAAACUCAAGUUUGGAACUUGGCGUCGGUAGUAAUGGUUUUGGUGGUUUGAACACUGUGCCUUCAACAUUGCCUUUGGGGCCUGAUUUUGGGGUUGGAAUAUCAAGCUCCUUAGGCAUGGUGUCACCUCCAUCUAGACCAACAACUGUGGUGAGUACUGGUUUUGACAGAUCAGUGGAGAGGUCUAUAUUUCUAGAGCUUGCUUUGGCUGCAAUGGAUGAGUUGGUGAAGAUGGCUCAGACUGGUGAGCCUCUUUGGAUCAGAAGUUUGGAAGGGGGAAGAGAAAUUCUGAACCAUGAGGAGUACACAAGGACAAUGACUCCUUGCAUUGGGUUGAAACCCAGUGGUUUUGUCUCUGAGGCUUCUAGAGAAACUGGCAUGGUCAUCAUAAACAGCUUGGCCCUUGUUGAAACAUUAAUGGACUCGAAUCGCUGGUUAGAGAUGUUCCCUUGUGUAAUUGCUAGAACCUCCACCACUGAAGUGAUAUCUAGUGGAAUAAAUGGAACAAGAAAUGGUGCCCUUCAACUAAUGCAUGCGGAACUUCAAGUCCUUUCUCCCUUGGUUCCUGUUCGUGAGGUCAAUUUUCUACGCUUUUGCAAGCAGCACGCAGAAGGGGUAUGGGCUGUUGUAGAUGUGUCCAUAGAAACCAUCAGAGAAACUUCUGGUGCACCCACUUUUGUGAACUGUAGGAGGCUUCCUUCUGGUUGCGUGGUGCAAGAUAUGCCGAAUGGUUACUCUAAGGUAACAUGGGUGGAGCAUGCAGAAUACGAGGAAAGCCAAGUCCACCAGCUCUACAGGCCCUUGUUGAGUUCAGGAAUGGGGUUUGGUGCACAGCGUUGGGUGGCUACCCUUCAACGCCAAUGCGAGUGUCUAGCCAUCCUAAUGUCCUCAGCAGUUCCCUCUAGAGAGCACUCAGCAAUAAGUGGGGGUGGGAGACGAAGCAUGUUGAAGCUGGCGCAGAGAAUGACGAACAAUUUCUGUGCGGGGGUGUGCGCGUCGACGGUGCAUAAAUGGAACAAGUUGAAUGCGGGGAACGUGGGAGAGGACGUGAGGGUGAUGACGAGGAAGAGCGUUGAUGAUCCCGGUGAGCCUCCGGGGAUUGUGCUGAGUGCAGCCACCUCCGUUUGGCUCCCCGUUUCUCCUCAGAGGCUCUUCGAUUUCCUCCGUGACGACAGACUCCGAAGCGAGUGGGACAUCCUCUCCAACGGUGGACCCAUGCAAGAGAUGGCUCACAUUGCCAAGGGACAAGACCAUGCUAACUCGGUCUCCCUCCUUCGAGCCAGUGCUAUGAAUGCGAACCAGAGCAGCAUGUUGAUCCUGCAGGAGACUUGCACGGACGCGUCGGGGUCACUUGUGGUGUACGCGCCGGUUGACAUCCCCGCCAUGCACGUCGUAAUGAAUGGCGGCGACUCUGCUUACGUGGCGCUUCUCCCGUCUGGGUUCGCCAUCGUGCCCGACGGACCCGGCAGCAGCGAAGAUCAAGGCGGCGCGUCGCAGCAGAGAGUGAGUGGGUCCCUCUUGACUGUGGCGUUUCAGAUACUUGUGAACAGCCUCCCCACGGCGAAGCUCACGGUGGAGUCGGUGGAGACAGUGAACAACCUCAUCUCAUGCACGGUGCAGAAGAUAAAAGCAGCACUUCACUGCGAGAGCUAAUGUCACGUGACCUUCACGUGACACCCUUUUGGGGUUGUUUAUUAUUUUGAUUUGAAAAUUAACAUUUGUAGUUAAAAGGUGCGAUAGGUGGCGCGUGUGAAGGACGCGAGGGGUGAGGGGUGUUGAGUCAAGAACGAACCGCGCGUGGAUGAAACUCCUUGCAUGAUGGUGAGGAUCCGAGACGUGGUCAGGUUUGGAUCUUUAACACAAGGCAAGAGUGGUGGUUCGGGUAUUGACUCGGGUCGACCCCGUGUCUGCUCUACUAGUUAGCAGAAACAACAAGGAAUAGAAAUAUGAAAACAAAGAGGAUAAAAUUCGUGUUUCUGAUUAGGUAUAUUUAUUAUAAUGUUAUCAUUUUUAUUUGUAUUGACUUGGAGUUUUAGAAUUGGAUAUAGUUUGUUGAAUAUGAUCAAAUCAAUAAUUUCGCUUUUUUUUUU